AUGCCGGUCUCCAAAACCGACGAGGAGAUCAUGGCCAGCUGGUCCCCUCAAGAAUGGAAGUUCCACGAUUGGGGCGAGAAGAAUCAUGAAAAUAUUCUCAACACCCAAAGUCGUGAUGCUGAAUGGGAUGCCCUUCGCAAGCUCAUCAGACAGGCAUGGCCAGACCCUGACGACCGACGAAAAUACUUUGAAUGGGUAUACGUCUGGAACGGACGUAGGUUCGCCAGAAAUAACUAUGUCAUGAACACUGAGGACUACAUUGAGAUGAUCUCUCAAGUCAACUUUCUGGAUAUGGGCAAAGUCGACAGACUUUAUCGCAACAUCCUUGACUACCCGACGCCUUUUGUGGCCAUUGGAGAGACAAACUUUGGACGUGUGUUCAGCGGUUAUGCUUUCACGCCCAUGAACGACUUACUCGAGCCAACGUACCCUGACUCUGGUUCCGAUGUCUUAGGAAACAUGAUACUCGCCUUGAACAUUCAUGUUCCGCACUCCCCUCCUCUGUCUCCUGGAUCUUCGGUUCACUCAUUCGACACCGAGAGUGAUUCAAACUCGUCUGCAAGCACGGAGCUUUCACAGACGUUUCCGAGCCCCACUAGCAGUCAGUCGCACUCUUCUGCCUGGGUAGAUAACUCUGACAUCACCCGAGAGAACUCGCCUGACUCUGCUGCGUCCAAUGCCGAUCUCCAGACACUGUUGGGCGUACGCUUGGGCUUCAGCAAUGGCCCCUCGUCUGUGUUCAAUGCUAUCCACAGAAAAGGAGGCCACCUCAUGGCGGCAAUCCCAUCUACAACGGAAAGAAUGCACGCAAAUAUCCGCGCAACUCGCGAGUCUGGUCCCCAGGAUUUCGUCUUCGCUCAGUUAGGAAUGCUCUGGACCUUUACUGGGGACUGGAAAAAGGCUCGUCAGGGCAAUCCUAAUGACGACAAACGGGGAGAAUGGAACCCGAAUGGUUUUGCAGUGGUCGUUCGACUCAGUCCCAAAGGCGAGCCUGGUAAAGUCUACGCGCUCCGACAUCCCAACGCGGUACCUCAACUGGAGAAGAUUGAGGAUGACCUUAUUGAAAUCUGGAAGCAGGAAGGGAACAAAAAGAGCACCAACAAGCGAGGAUUCAUGCUCAAGCACUACAAACCCGGGCAUCCUCACCCGAAGAGCGAUUCUUCUUUCUGGAUUGCCAAGAUAGCCGACAGCAUCCAGGAGCUGGGAUCCUACGAGCGCGAGUUUGAGUUUAAGAUUGUCCCGUCUAACGAGCCCCAGAUCGUCAAUGCAAAGAUUUGGAUUUUCGAGCUCGAUGGACCUACACUCACGCCUGUACGUGAGCCAGAUGAGAUUGACAUCUGA